AUGGCAAGUGCUGCAGAGGUGGAGGACGAUGUCGACCCGAUCGAGAUUUCCAUCGAGAUCCCAUGCCUUGCGCGUCGCGAUCACGUCCAGGAUGGCGUCUCCUCCAGAUUCUCCUACUCGUCCUGCGCUCAUAAACACAACAAACACGCAUCUAAAGAUGACUCUUCUUUCUUCACUCAGCCAACGACGGGGAAACGCGCAUCCGGCGAUGUCGACGACCGCGAAAAGAAACGCGCCAAGCUGUCUGGUACGGAAGCACACACAGAGGUCACUUCGUCGGACAGCGAGUCGGACGUGGACAUGGAGGAGACCUGGGCACUACGCUCAAGAGUGCGCAAACGCACUGUCUUUGGCAUGCGUGACGCUGCCAUGAUGGCUACGUCGUUUACUGCCCUGCGGAGUAACGCUAUGCCCACGCGAAUUGUGCUCCAGUCAUUUGUUUCUUCACACAAAACCGACGUUUUCAGAUGCUAUUCCGCAGAUGAAACAUCAUACAACACCCUCCCUUAUGCCUGCGCGUACUCAAAUGCUGCCAAAUCCGGCUCCACACCCCUCCUCGCCAUCGCCACCGAGCAGGGCUCCGUGCACGUCGUGAACACCCGCGCGCGGCACGACUGGGACUGCGAGCCUCCGCGCACCAUCCUUGCCCCGCACGCCAACGGUAUCUUUGACAUCAAGUGGUCACCCUCCGACACGCUCCUCGCACCGCGCACGGUGAAGUGCGUGGCGUGGGACCCUGAGUAUGAUGGCGAGGUGCUUGCACGGGCGGCCGCGAUGGCGGGAUCUGUGUGUGGGACUUGCGUGUCGGCGAGCGGCGCAGUGGUACGCGCCGGACGACCCGCAGUAGUGCGGGCGAAGAGGCGAGGAGACGGCGCGCUGAAGCCGGUCAUCAGCAUACCGGGAGCACACGAGGACGGUAAACCGUUGAAACCGAGAGGUAGGAAGGGCAAGCGGCUCAUACGACGGCGUCCUCCGCCAAUGGGACCUCCGCUCCCCACAUCCUCCAAAAAGACACCCAAGUCCAAAGCCUCCCCAAAACCGAUCCUCAUAUCCGCCGAUCCAACAACCCUCCACGGAGUCCGGCGCGCACGGGGUAUCACAACGCUCAUCCCAGGCACAGGGCCCUCCGCAGGACACCUCUUCGCGCUCGGCACCGACGCACGCGUACACACCUUCGCGCUCCCCUCGCUCCAGCCACUCUCCGGUAACGUCCUGCCAGACGGCCCCGACCCAUUCGCGUACACGCACGACGGAUGCAGACGAAUUCGUUCUACGUGCGCGCGCGCUCUCGCCGUGCGGGCAGUGGCUCGCGAGCGGGGGCACCGCGGACGGACGCGGUUCCUGUUUGAUGUGGGAGAGGCGGCGGGGCGGGCAAGCAGGGAGCCUGCGAAGGCUGUGUGCUGA